UUUUCAGCAAUUGCCUUGCGAGUCGACUCUGUUUGUGGACGCUGAGUCGUGGCAUGCUCGAUCCAGGAGUUGGGUUCCGUCAUAUUCCGGUUUUGUUGGUGACGGAAUCAGGAGAGUCCCAAGCUCUGAGGUGGGGCAUUCCUGAUUAGCAGGGACAUCGAUUAUGGUUGGUUGGAUCCGCCUUUUAACCAUUUCUUUCACCGACAUUGCAUCGUUGCCUGUGCGCAGAAGUUUCGAUACCAGCUAUAGGAAGCAUCUCUUCAUCCAGAAAAAUUCCAGUGCACACUGCAGCGCUGUGCCAACAUCUCAGCAAAGUUGAGACAAUAAAGCAUGGCUGCUGUUGGAGUGCAGCAUCUGGCGCAAUGCAUCACAUGCCAUGCGUGGAAUUCGGAUAUGUCCAUGGUCGCUCUUUGUCCAAACAACAACGAGGUUCACAUUUACAAAGCCUCCAUGGAUUCAAACUCAGUUUGGGAGCGAGUCUAUGUUCUUGAGAAGCAUGAACAAUUGGUUUCGGGCAUUGAUUGGGCGCCGAAGAGUAAUAAGAUUGUUACCUGCUCCCAUGAUCGGAACUCGUAUGUGUGGUCUUUAGAGGGUGAUCAAUGGCAAGCGACUCUGGUCAUCUUGCGUUUAAAUCGAGCCGCCACCUCCGUCGAGUGGAGUCCUCAGGAAAAUAAGUUUGUUGUAGGAAGUGGUGCUAAGACUGUCUGCGUAUGCUACUAUGAAGAGGAUAAUAAUUGUCCUUCGAGUUUAGUUGGAGCACUCCAGAACAUUAUAUGCGAAGACUGGCUUCAAGUGUUGGAAUUUAUUUUGUUUCUCUGCAGGUGGGUGAGCAAACUAAUUAGAAAAAAGCAUCAUUCCACGAUUACGAGCGUUGCCUGGCAUCCGAAUAACGUCCUGUUGGCCACAACGUCAACAGAUAGCAAAUGUCGAAUAUUUUCUGCAUUUAUCAAAGGAGUCGAUGCACGAAAAGAUGCAACGACAGCAUUUGGUGACGUCAAGUUCGGGGAGGAGUUGAUUCAAUUGGACCUUGCUUGUGGUUGGUCAUUUGGCGUGCAUUGGUCACCAAGUGGAAACAGCCUGGCCUAUGUUGGACAUGAUUCGACCAUUCAUUUUGUUACGGAUGUUGGGCCAAACCCACGUGCUCGUUCAAUAAGCCUUCGCCAUUUACCCCUGCGUGAUGUUCUGUUCUUAUCAGAGACAAGAUUAGUAGCUGGAGGAUUUGAUUGCAAUCCCAUGCUAUUUGGAUCUGAUAAAAGUCGUAUUUGGGAAUUCAUUUCUUUUUUGGACGAGGUGAAACGUCCUGCGGAGACCAAGACUGAUACCGUGUUUGCUGCAGCGAAAGGUAAGUUCAAGUGGUUGGGCAGUGAGCCCUUUGAAGAAAAUGCCCCCACCACCACUCAUGAAAAUUGCAUCACGAUGAUUCGUUCCCUCGCUCCUCUUUCAGAAAGAAACCCAGAAAAGUCUAUUGAACGGUUCAGCACAUCAGGUCUUGAUGGCAGGGUAGUUAUCUGGGACUUGACAAACGUGGAUGAUGUUUUAGCUAGACUUCGAAUAUGACACAAGGUAAGCAAAGUAUGGAGCAAGCGAUGAUUUCCUUCAGUAGGAAAAAGUCAAGCAUGUUUUGGAGGAAUUAAUGCCCAAUGUCAAGCCCCAACCAAAGGAAUGCUGUUGAGGGACUGAAGUCGAAUAUGGUUUCACGAGGAAGCAAAGACAUCUGUGAGAUGGAAGUUUAGUGUGGUUGAGUACGUUUAGCCAGUGUCCCAGUGCUCGGACUUAUGACUAGGCUUAGUCCCAUGACUUGUUUCAUUCCCCUGCUGUUCUUAUUCCCAGCUUUUGGAACAUCACUGUCUAGACUGAUCAUGGAAUGCUGUAAUAGCAACGUCAGAUUGGCUUAUGUCAAUUAAUAUAAACUGAGUAAUAAAGUCCAGUACCUUCUCA